AUGAUCGGAGUGUACAAACUGAUUGGUGUUCACUUGAGUCAAGAUGGACAAAGGUUCAAUGGAAUUUUGACGGGUGGAAUCGAAUGGAUAGACACUGAAGAUGCGGAAGGGAGAGUCGCGGUCAAGACGAGCCACGGCCGCGUCCUCUCGGAGUACAUAGUUUUCAGGGAUAAUUACGGUAUUACCGAAACGGCGCAAGGUCUCAGAUCUUUGGGUGAGGAUCGAGGAUCCCUGGCCCCCUUACUCGGCUCCCGGGCUGACCGAUUGCAGGAUUCUGGCGGAAACUGCGGUAUCCGGGCAAAGCGGGGAAAGAGGGGGCCAAUGCCAUUCUCUGUAUCGAUGGAUCGGCGACCGGAAUCUGCGUCUUACUCCGCUAAAGAACAGCCAACGGAUUUCUACACGGGAUGCAGUAUCACCCGCCAGAACCUUUGCGAGGCAGCUUUGCCCCGAACUGGCUUGGUAGGAAAUAUGCCAAGUACACAACAAUUGUUUGAACUUCCAGCUUUCAAAUAG